CCCCACAUAUUUCCAAGAAAUGGAGUCUCUACACACAGUGGAAGAAAAAAGACAGGAAGAGCUGGACAAAUUGAUUGGGAUGAACAGGGAGAAGCUGGAGGAAUUCACCAGGAAGUACGGCCAGUUUUUCAUAGCCAGCUUGGCUGCCUUCACUGAGAAAUUCCUGCUGCAGCUGGAUGAAAUAGUCACCAUUGACGAUAUCAAGGUUCCAAGUAUGGAGCCCCCCAAGCAGAAAACAUCAGUCCUCAUACGGAGGAAACUCGCUGGGCUCUCACUGGAGGAAGAGAGCGAGAAGCCCCUGAUAGAGCGUGGGAGCAGGAAGUGGCCAGGAAUCAAGCCCACUGAUAUCACCAUCCAAAACAAGAUUCUCCUCCAGAAAACAUCCUCAGUAACCACCACCAAAACGACCCUGGGCCACCUGGCGGCCGUGGAAGCCCGAGAUGCUGUGUACCUGAAAUAUUUAGCAUCAUUUGAGGAGGAGAUGAAAAAGAUCCAGGACCACGCCACGUUGCAGGUGAAGGAGGCUCAGCGCUGGAAGGACAGCUGGAGGCGCUCCCUGCACACCAUCCAGGGCCUGUACUUGUGACACCCCCCACCCCACCCCAAAUAAAGGCUUGUUUUGUACAGAC